GCUCCGUUCCCCAAUGCUGCACUCCGGCUCUCCACUUCCACGGGAGCCUCAAAUCGCACCUCUCCAACAAGGAGAGUAGUGUUUGUUGAGACUUCCCCGCAACCAAUCCCCGUGCCGUUGCUCUUGGUAACCACGUCCAUCAUCUUUGGAGCUCCAAUGAGCGGCGGGGGCGGGGCGGAGUCCAGGUGCGCCUCGGCGUCCACUUGGCAAAGCGCCUGGGAGCCGCCUGUGGGCAGGAGAGUAUCUGUCAAAUGCGAGGUUCCUUUAAUAAGAGCGACCAGUCCGGCUCCGAGAGUCAUGGCGACCGCAGCGUCUAACCACUACAGCAUCCUCACCUCCAGCGCAUCCAUCGUGCACUCGGAGCCCGGCAGCAUGCAGCAAGCCACAGCGUACCGGGACGCGCAGAGCCUGUUGCAGAGCGACUAUCCGCUGCAGAGCAACAACCACACGCUCAGCCACGCACACCAGUGGAUCACGGCGCUGUCCCACGGAGAGGGAGCCCCGUGGUCCUCCAGCCCGCUUGGCGCGGAGCAGGACAUCAAACCCGCGGUGCAGGGCGCCCGGGACGAGAUGCACAACUCCAGCAGCAACCUGCAGCACCAGUCUCGGCCACCCCAUCUGGUGCACCAGACGCACGGGAACCACCACGACGGCCGGGCGUGGAGAACCACCACCGCGGCGCACAUACCGAGCAUGGCGACGACGAACGGCCAAAGCCUUAUCUAUUCCCAGCCGGGUUUCAGCGUCAACGGGCUAAUCCCGGGUAGCGGUCAGGGGAUGCACCACCACAACAUAAGAGACAGUCAUGACGAGCACCACAGCCCGCACCUCAGCGAACACGGUCAUCCGCCGUCCCAGCAUCAGCACCAGCACCGACCGCAGAGCCACCACGACCACUCGGACGAGGAUACGCCGACGUCGGACGACCUGGAGCAGUUUGCCAAGCAGUUUAAACAGCGGAGGAUCAAGUUGGGCUUUACGCAGGCGGACGUGGGACUCGCCCUGGGGACCCUGUACGGAAAUGUAUUUUCCCAAACCACCAUAUGCAGGUUUGAGGCCCUGCAGCUCAGCUUCAAAAACAUGUGCAAGCUGAAGCCUCUGUUGAACAAGUGGUUGGAGGAGGCGGACUCCACCUCGGGCAGCCCUACAAGCCUGGACAAAAUCGCAGCGCAGGGGAGAAAAAGGAAAAAACGGACUUCAAUAGAGGUAAGCGUAAAGGGGGCUUUGGAGAGCCAUUUUUUGAAGAGCCCUAAACCAGCAGCAUCGGAAAUAAUCGGCCUGGCGGACAGUCUCCACCUGGAGAAAGAAGUGGUGAGGGUUUGGUUUUGUAACAGGAGACAGAAGGAGAAACGCAUGACCCCUCCCGGAGCACUGCCAGGGAGUGAGGAUGUGUACGGGGACACUCCGCCGCAUCACGGGGUCCAGACCCCGAUCCAAUGAACUCUGCUGGACCCUCCAGGACAUGCUUCUCCAUUUAUUUAUCCCCAAGGUUAUAUAUAAAUCACUGGACUAUGAGACGCUAUAGUGGGUGCUUUAUGUAUAAUAGAUUGCAGUGAGUACUCACACAGUAUCUGCAGUGAAUAUUUAAGAAAUGGAAAAAGAGUGAGGGGAGGACAGGACAUUUUUCACACCCAGAGCUAAAGGAACAUAAGCCUGUGUUGUGUUCUACGAGGAUACAAGCCCAGCACUGUGAGUGUAGUCGACGCAGUUUCAAGGUGUAGCCCCUAUUGUGUAUUGAAAUAAUACUUGACGAAAAGGAGGGAGGGGAAGAGGGAUUGUCUACCUGGUUUGAGAGGAAAAGCUUAGCUGAAUGGUUUCCAUUCCCUACUUUUAUAUCGAAUCACAAACACUUUUUUCUGUGAGUAAGAUGGAAAACAAAUGCAAAGGCGUUUAGUUUUGUAGCUCUAAAUUGUGCGUCCAGCAGUGAUGGAUCCUGGUUGUUGCAGGGGGUCAAGGGAGCUGCGUUAAUGGAGUAAACUGGAGGCCAGUAAAUGCUGCAGCCCCAGUCCAGUGGAGUCCAGCUGAGGGUGAGCAUCGCCUGAGUCCCAUCUGUCAGCCAGGCAGCACAGAGGCGCGUUACAUUCAGAACACUGCUGGGAAGCUGCAGGCCAUUCAGCUCUUAUUUAUGCUGUAAACACCGAGGUCACGAUUUACUUUUUCAGCACUGAUUAUUGUUGUUAUUUGAUAGUUUUUUGCAGCUCCUUGGUAAAGCUCUUUUAUAUUUGUCCCGAGGGCAGGUAGAUGGUAAAUAAAAGUCCGUCAUAAGUCAAACAGCAGUAUAAACAAACGGUCCAUUCAUAAUCUCACUAAAUAAGCGUUAAAUAAAAGCUCUCCCCCUCACAGAGUCUCCCAGCUGUAGGAAGGGCUCCCUGACGAUUGAUUGGAUUAUCUGGCACUUUUCCACAAUAUGGGCUAUAGAUAUAAAGAAAUCUACAGAAAUCUACGUCAUUAACUCUCACAGAACCUUUGGAUCCACUUUUGUAAAUAUUGUAUAACUUUGAAAGUCAUGGCUUCAUCCAUCUUUAUACUUUCUUCACUGGGGCACUUUUGGAUUGUUGUUUUCAAAAACAAGCAGGUCGACUUUUUUUAAAUCAAGUCUCAUUCAUAUCCUACCCACUGCCUUGUGACUGUGUUCUAUUUAAUGUUCAUUUUGCUGCCGAAAUUAUGCUCGAUUACGUGUUAUUAUUAUUUUUUAUUAUUAUUUGUGGCGCGUUUUAUUAUGAGUCUAAUUAUUACCAUUAAUGCGAAAUCAAUUUCGAAUUUUUAAAUUGUCCAAGGAGUUUUUUGAUAUACAAUUUGAUUCCCGUCCUGAAAUUACACAAGAUUGUUUUUCCAAUCAAAACAUAGUGCUUUAAGAACUUCAUUCAGACUAAUCACUGUUGUCGAGAAUUGUCCUUAGUAAAUCAGUUACGGAUAAGCAACAUUCAAAAACAACAAAAGUAAAUUAUAAGGCCUUUUUAUUUUUUCCCAAAACACAUUUUAGUGACAUUCCAAAAUCGCAGCAUAUGAUCAAAAUUAUUAUUAUUAUUAUGGUUAUUAUUAUUAUUGUUAUUAUUAUUUGUAUUAUUUACAAGGUGUUUUUUUUUUUUAUGUUUCUAGGGUCGUUGCCGUGCAUUUCAUUUCAGCCAUUUUAUCCAUCUUCAUUAAUGUUGCUUUAUUCUGGGGAAAACUGCUGGUAGACAUUUUAUUUUAUUUUUUAGUAUUGUUAAUGAGAUUGUAAUUUAUUAUACAAUGGCUUUUAUAGAUGACACAGAGGGCGAGAUAUAUAUGAAAUGAAACCGAGGUUUUCUUUUGAAUAAUUAUUAUUUUUAGGGAAGUAAAGAGACAUAUUUUUAUUUUUCAGCGGGAUUGCCACAGCCUGGACCGUCACAGCUAUACAUGUAUAUACAUCUUUUCCUACAAAAGCUUGUUUUUCGUUUUUAUGCAACAACAAAAAAAAGUCAAAUAUCCAGGGAUUUGGUUUAUGUUUUUCCUCUCAUGUGGAAACUGUUUUUUCUUCUCUUUUUUUUUUGCCCUCGUGAUUUGUGUUUCUCUUACAGAAAACAAUAAGCAGAAAAGAUCUUGGCAGUAAAAUCUUUCCUCAGUAGCUUUAAUGAAUCGAUCCAACUCAUAAUUCACUGGAAAUUCAAGUUGUGGGAUGUAGACCUGUAGCAAUCCGACGCUGUUUUCUUGUUGUUUUCUUUUAUUGCUUGUUGAAGCAGCCGUGUGGUUUGGGUGGAUGUAGGCUGUGUCAUAUUCACUGGAUGAACUUGGGGUAGAUAAAGCUGAGGUGAGAAACGCCUGUAGGUGUUUCAUCACCUCACACAUGAAUAACGGACUUGCACAUUUUUAAAUAAUGGGGUUGAUAUUAAACAGCUUUUUUCCAA